UGACUUUUGUGCUGCGAAGGUUGCCGCCAUUGCUCGCGAUCGUCCUUUGUUCCCUACCGUAAACAUUGCGAGGCCGCAGCAUGCGUGGUCCUGAAGAGGUGUUUAUUUUGGACUGUCUAUUGUAGUGUUUUGACCUCACGCGUUACAGAUGCCGCCCAAGACUCGUGCCAAAUCGACUCCAGUGUGGCACCGAUGUGAAAAAUGCAGCGUUGUCCUGUCACACAAAGAUCUUCCCCUGCACCAGGAUGGGUCGUGCCCUCCAUCGGAAGGAAACUGGUCCCAUGGCUUUGUCAAAAAGAAAGUUUUGCACAGCUGGCUGGGUGAAGCUUCACCAGAAAUGCUUCCCAGCCUCCCACCAGAGGAGCAGGACACUAUUGUGUGCGUGUCGUCUCCAUCUCUCCAGUUCUGUGGGUUCACUGUUGGCGAACAUGUCCUAGUGGAGGCAUUAGGAGAACCCCGCAUCCGUUUGGUGAAAGCUGUGUGGCCCAUAUCUGAUAAAUCUGUCACCUCUGUUCUUAUGUCAAAAGAGGGUUUAGAGUUGUCUACUGAUACACAGAAUGCACCUGUUACUGUUAGGAAGAUUUCAUCCCCUGUGCCUCCAGCUCAAAUGAUUGGAGUGCAUUUACUGAAUAGCGAAUGCUUUGAGGGUCAAAAAAUGAAUGAUAUCCUUCUAUUACUGAAAAAGAAGUACUGUGGGAAGUAUGUGCAAGUUGGAGAUAGGCUCCAAGUACCUUAUUAUGGACGCAAACUUAGAUUUUCUGUAAAAGCCAUUGUGCCAUUUGUUUCAAGUGAUUGUCCUAGUCCCUUAGAAGAAAUCACUACAAACCUUCAAAAUAUGACAUUCAUUGAUCUUCAAAGUGGAAACUCUGCAUCUUGUUCAACCCCAUUAAGAGAACAGUCUGGUCAGGUAACACCUGACUUCCGUACUGUUUCCUCCUCAGAGCAAACUCCGAUGCGGAAACUGACGCGUAACAUCCUUUUUACUGAUUCGUCAUCUGAAAGAACCCCUGUUAGGAAAUCUUUUCGAAAUAUGCUAGAGGAUUCUUAUGUAGGGAGUUCUGCUGAAGAGAGUAGAGAAGAGCUUUCAACUACUGUUGACAGUAUAUUUGAGUCACCUCUUCCAGAGUCAUGUUCCUCUCAGAACAUUUUCCAAGGAGUUCAUUCCACUAAAUGGAUUCUCAGGAAUGAAAGCAAGGUAUCAGGAAAAGUAGCUGCUUUGCAAUAUGAUCAAAUUUCAUCCGUUGGAGGUUUACAGCAUGUAAUUGAUGAAGUUAAAGAAAUUAUGUCCCUUGCUCUUAGGCCAUCCAAUUCUUGGAAACAGAAGCUUCGAGUUACCAAAGGUGUCUUACUGUUCGGCCCACCAGGCACAGGGAAAUCUUUGUUGGCAAAUGCUCUUGCCCAGGAUUCUAAAGUUCCAGUCUACAGUUUAAUGGGCUCUGAACUUUUCAGCAAAGUUCUUGGUGAGACUGAUGCUAGGCUACGUUCCUUCUUCUCCAAAGCAACCUCUUCAGGGCCCUCUGUUAUAAUUUUAGACGAAAUAGACUCAUUGUGUUCAAAGAAAGCACACAGUUCUGGUGGUUCAGAGGUGGAGAGACGAGUCAUUACUACCUUAUGCACUCUCUUAGAUGGGCUAAGCUCAGGAGACAAGUGUGUCUUCAUCAUAGCUACAACCAGCAGGCCUGAUUCACUAGAGCCAUCUUUAAGAAGACCUGGAAGGCUUGACCGUGAGAUAGAAGUCCCAGUCCCCACUCCAGAUGCUCGUCUAGAAAUUUUGCGGAAACUCUUGAAGCCUGUUCCUCAUUCAUUGACAGAGCCCGAACUACUAUCUGUGGCCCAGGCUGCUCAUGGAUUUGUUGGAGCUGACUUAGCAUCCCUUGUGUCACAAGCAGGAACCAAUGCACUUAAGAGCUCCUUUGAAGAAGAGAAUGUUUGCAUUACAUUGGAGAAUAUGCAGUGGGCUCUGACAAGGAUAAAUCCCAGUGCCAUGCGAGAAGUCCUGAUAGAUGUACCUAACGUGUUCUGGUCAGAUAUUGGUGGCCAGGAAGAAUUAAAACUUCAGCUGAAACAAGCAGUAGAGUGGCCACUGUCACAUCCUGAAGCAUUUGAGCGACUAGGAAUCAAGCCUCCUCGGGGUGUUUUGAUGUUUGGUCCACCGGGCUGCUCAAAAACGAUGAUUGCAAAGGCUCUUGCCACUGAGAGUAAACUGAACUUUUUGUCAAUCAAGGGUCCUGAGUUAUUCAGCAAGUGGGUUGGUGAAUCAGAGCGUGCAGUCAGGGAAGUUUUCCGUAGAGCUCGUCAAGUCGCUCCUGCCAUUAUUUUCUUUGAUGAGUUGGAUGCGCUUGGUGGAGAGAGGGGAAGUGCAGGAGGUGGGGGUGGAAGUAACGUGCAAGAGAGAGUGUUGGCACAGCUUCUGACAGAGAUGGAUGGUGUCACAGCUCUUGCAAACGUCAUUAUAGUUGCAGCCACCAACAGGCCUGACCGAAUCGACAAGGCACUGUUGCGCCCUGGACGGCUGGACCGGAUAGUUUAUGUUCCAUUACCAGAAACAGAGACUAGAAAACAAAUCUUCGAUCUACAACUAAAGAAAAUGCCUAUCUGCCCUACAAUAGAUGUGAAUACCUUAGUGGAGAAAACUAAAGGCUAUUCUGGUGCCGAGGUGCUGGCUGUUUGUCAUGAAGCAGCUUUGAAAGCUCUUCAAGAAGAUAUUUCCGCCCAAGUUGUUACUAAAGAACACUUUGAAGAAGCACUGGCAAUUGUGACCCCACGGACUCCCCCUUCACUUCUAAAAUUGUAUGAAGAUUACCUCAACAGAUGACCAAAGAAGUAGGAGAUCCUAAGUGAUUGUAUUUGUUUUAGCUGUUUUUUUCAUUCAAUGAAUUUGGUUUCAUAUCAGAAUAUUUAAGACUCAAACUGCAAACAGAGUAAUAUUACUUUGGUGUAAAAGUAAGAGAAAAAUAGGAGCAAAAAGUAAGAAAGGAAAAAAUGUGAUUUUCAAUGCUGUUUAUUCAAGAAGCCUGAAUGUAGGAAAAGUUAAUAUAAUAUCAAAGGUGUACGACAGGCUUGAGAACAUUAGAAAUGGCUUCAUGUCUGGAAGAAUAACACCCACCAUAGAGAAAAAGUUAUACAAAGGUGACAUUCAUUGCAUGAAAUAAUGCAACAAAUCUAAGCUUUAUUCAUCCUUGAGCAAAUUGUUAAAGUGGUCUUAAAAUAUAAUACCUUGUUUUCCCAA